GCCGCCGCCUCCGCCUCUUUUUUUCACCCUUCCCACUGCCACCUGGGCCUGCACCACCACACUUCUUGACGUCGCCCCCCAAGCGCCUGGCACCUUUUUUUUUCUCUGCUGCUCAUCCACAACCAUCUUGUCCCUUUUGAGGCUCAGUCGUCCACUUACACACUGUUGACCUGCCGGCCUGCUCGCCUACCUUGCCUGCUAACUUUCUUUCCUCCCUCCGCGCGCGACCGAGAGGCCAUUGCCCUCUCCAUCCUGCCCCUUUUCCUUCUUUCUAUCCUGCCAAGUAAAAUACCAUAUUUUUAAUCCCUUGAUUGAUGCACCGCUGCAUGGAUUUGAAGUAGACCAGAAAAUUAGAAGCCCCCCUCCCACCCCCCAGAAAAAAGAUCAGCAUCGGGACGCGGCAACGCGCGAUCAUCAACAACACCUUCAUUUCCGCACAGCAGCCACUCCCUUCAGCCACACACCCAGCCCUUGCUAUUCCUCGAGCUUGACGAUGCGCCGUUCAUGCGCUUAAGCUCCGUCUGCCUGUCCUGCGAGUCGACCCCGAGUAUUUUCUUAUAGCCACUUCAAUCGCGUUCUUGGCCAUCGCCGCCCGCAUUCAUGGCUUCCAAGAAGGGCCCUGUCGCAACGGAAGCCCCGACUUUCUCGCCUACCGUUUCCCAGCCGGCCAUCGCCGCGGAUUCCGUCUCCGUCGAAGCUCUGGCUGCCGAGGCCACCCGUGCGACGCAGUCGCUGAAGAGGCAGCGGGAAUCUUCUCCUUCCUCCCCGUCUUCGGCUCUCUCGGGACUCCAUCGGGAGCUGUCGCCGUCGAAGACGGCGCGGUUGAUCGGCCUGUCCUCGAGAUACUCUCCCACGCCCAUGACCGCGGCCGCGGCCGCCGAGGACGAGCGGAGUAGCGAAGAGGACCAGUAUAAAGCCCAGAUUACCGGCACCAGCGAAAACCCUGCAUUCAAGGCGCAAUCGGCGCUAAUGUCCGCCAGUGCUCUCGCCAUGAGCCGGUCUCACGACAGCCCGCAGGACGCCCCUCAGGAUAUCCCUCAAGAAGCUAUGCAGGAUGCUCCUCAGGACGUUCCUCAAGAUAUCCCACAGGGCGCUCCUCAGGAUGCUCCCCAAGAUAUCCCUCAGGACGGCUCUCAGGGGGUCUCCCAGGGUGUUUCUCAGGACACACCCCAGGGCGCUCCGCUGUCGGGCGACGCGCAGUCCGCUGCGCUGCCUUCUGUCUCCAUACCACAUCCCGAGACGUCAGACCCCAAGCCCAAGUCGGAAAACGUCAGUCCCCAGAGCGCGACGAGUUUAGGUAGCCUGGGUGGCGCAUCCAUCGGACCCGUCACGACUAGCCCUGGUCCUAUGGAGCUCGAAGGCCGUGACGAUAGGACAAGUUUUGGUACGCAACCGCCGGCUCCAAUGGACGAUAAGGAGGCCACUUCGUUGUCGUAUCCCGGCACUCUCCCUCCGACCUCCAGCAUGCCUGCCCCCCCGACCCGGGGGAUGAGCAUGCCCGUGACCCCGAACCAGCCGACCACGCCACGCUCGCCAAACUCGAAAAGGCACAAAUGCCAAUACUGCGAGACCGAGUUCACACGACACCACAACCUGAAGAGCCAUCUCUUGACGCAUAGCCAAGAGAAACCCUACGUUUGCCAAACCUGCCACCUGCGUUUCCGCCGCCUCCACGACCUCAAGCGCCACACGAAGCUGCAUACUGGAGAGAAGCCCCACGUAUGUCCAAAAUGCGAUCGAAAGUUUGCGCGUGGUGAUGCGUUGGCGCGGCACAGUAAAGGCCCGGGUGGCUGCGUCGGCCGACGAAGCAGUCUGGGGAGUUUCCUUGGUGAAGAAGAGGUGGAUGGGUCGAGCCAUCUCGAGGGCGACGACUCCGCCAUGGCCGGUGUUGUAUAUAAUGGUAGCGAAGGUGAGUCGACAGGACAUGACCGGCGACAGCUAGGCAUACCCAGCAUACAAGCCCAACAUGUUCAAGGUCCUACUGGUCGACUUUAUCCGCCCAACGUGGAUCGCGGUUCCGGGAGCUCGAAUGCAUCCCAAACUCCGGGGUCGAGUAUCCCGUCUCUUCCGAUGGGCGCUAGUAACCCCGCCAUGUAUGCUCAGAGCACCAUGACCGAGAGCCCUAAGCCGCUUAGCCCCUCUGGUAUUCAAGGCCACGAUUCUGCAAAUAUCAACCGGCAGCGCUCGCCGAGCUUGACGGUCCAGCUCCAACACUUCGCUCGCCACCAAACAGAUCGACACACCCCACCAGUACCCGGGUUCCCCCCGACCGACGCAGUUCGGUAUGCCGCCUCCGCAGCCAACGUACAGAAUCCCAUCACCAUUCCACCGGUGUCUGGCAGCUCAAGCCAAUCGAUAGUUGCGAAUACCGGACCUGACCAUUCACGGACGUCAAGUGGACACGGCCAGAACGGAAGCGGGGACAGCUCGAGCAAUAACAUCUUCGCAACGGACCAGGGCAUCUGGGCUUACAUCCAUAGCCUCGAGGAGCAGGUGAGACACCUGAAUGACAGAGUGCAAGCGUUGGAGGCGACGGAGAGAUCCCACGAGGAGAAGAUAACCUAUCUCGCCGACGAGAUGACCGUCCUGCGGGGCCAGGUCGAGAUCAAGGCGGAUCCGACGGCGGUCGAUAAGUCCAAUUGAAGCAGCACCGUUCGCGGUUAACGGCAGCAACUGAGCUAGGCGGUACGAUCCGAGCGAAGGGCGUCUUUGGUAUGUACGGCGCAUAGGGUGGACCAUAGUCGCCAUCACCAUCACAACAUACGGGGCAUCCAGACUCAUCUUUACUAAGGGAGGGGCGGGGGGAGGCGGUUGGCGUUGGGUAGGGAGGGUUACCCGUCAUCUACCGAAAACAAAAAGCCCCGGAGUGUUUUCCCCGGCGAUUUUACGAGUGUCUCGACGUCUUUCUUUUUGAUCCUUUUUUUUUCUAUCUUAUCUUUUAUGCUAGUGAUAUCCCUGAACUGAGGAUUCUGGAUGCUGAGCUGGGGUGGACAGUUGGGUGCCGUCCGGCUUCCACACCCCGAUCGUUCUCCAGUCGACGAAUUGUACACUAUAUAAGCGCAGAUAGAGAGCCUCGAGGCAGGGCGAAGCAAGCGACGCCAUCGCGACCUUACCUAAUGGAUGGGAUUGACGAAGCACGUAACCGUAGGUAUUUAGAUCCCUAAUCUGUCGGUCUACUAUUCGAAGGUAGGGAGGUGCCUGUAG